GCGCCGCCGCCACCACGCCCUCGUCAUUUAACGCUCGGUGAUCUCAGGUGAGCGCUCACUGUUUGUUUACGGACGAGCAGAGAUGUCGGGCAUCGCGGCGACGCUUCAGCAGAACCGGGCACGGGCGGCGGGAAUCGGUACCAACGCGAACGCGGUGAAGUUCCUGAAUCAGGAUUAUGAAGCUCUGAAGCGCGAGUGUGUGGAGAGCGGCAGGUUGUUUCAAGACGACGCGUUUGAAGCCAUUCCAGCCGCGCUCGGAUUCAAGGAACUCGGACCAAAUUCAGCCAAAGUGCGCGGGGUUAAAUGGCUCAGACCUACGGAACUGACAUCCAGCCCAACGUUUAUAAGUGGAGGAGCGAGCAGGACCGACAUCUGUCAGGGUGCAUUGGGUGACUGUUGGCUUCUAGCUGCCAUUGCUUCUUUAACCCUGAACCAGGAAGUGUUUGCUCGUGUGGUGCCGUCUGGUCAGAGUUUUGAUGGUGAUUAUGCAGGAAUAUUUCAUUUCCAGUUCUGGCAGUUUGGUGAUUGGGUGGAUGUUGUCAUUGAUGACCGUCUGCCCACCAGGAACGGCGAGUUGCUUUUUGUUCACUCGGCUGAAGGUUCAGAGUUCUGGAGCGCUCUCCUGGAAAAAGCUUAUGCAAAGCUGAAUGGCUGUUAUGAAGCUCUCUCCGGUGGAUCCACCACAGAGGGUUUUGAGGAUUUUACAGGAGGCAUCGCUGAGGCCCAUGAACUAGCAAAAGCCAAUCCAAACCUCUUUAAAACCAUCCAAAAGGCUCUGAGCUGGGGAUCACUGCUCGGCUGCUCGAUAGAUAUCACAAGCUCGGCUGACUCGGAGGCGAUAACCAAACAGAAGCUUGUUAAAGGACACGCCUACUCUGUUACAGGAGCUGAAGAGGUGGACUACAGAGGUCAACUAACCAAGCUGAUUCGGAUAAGAAACCCCUGGGGUCAGGUGGAAUGGACUGGCCCCUGGAGCGAUGGGUCAUCAGAAUGGAACAACAUCAGCGAUAGUGACCGAGAGAGACUGUGCUGUAAAGCAGAAGAUGGAGAGUUCUGGAUGUCUUUCUCAGAUUUUCUGAGUAAUUACUCACGGGUGGAGAUCUGUAACCUGACGCCUGAUGCUCUGUCAGAUGACACCAUUAAUAAAUGGGCGCUUUCUAAGUUUGACGGUAACUGGAGAAGAGGAUCCACUGCUGGUGGCUGCAGGAACUAUCCAGCCUCGUUCUGGAUGAACCCUCAGUUUUUGAUCAAGCUGGAGGAACAGGACGAUGACCCGACCGAUAACGAAACUGGGUGCAGCUUCGUCGUGGGUCUGAUCCAGAAGAACCGCCGUAAAAUGAGAAAGAUGGGAGAAGACAUGCACACAGUAGGCUUUGCCAUCUAUGAGGUGCCACCAGAGUAUGUCGGUCAGAGAAACGUUCAUCUGGAUCGGAAUUUCUUCGUGAGGAACGCUUCAGCUGCUCGCUCCGAGACCUUCGUCAACCUACGAGAAGUCUGCUCUCGAUUCUGUCUUCCUCCUGGAGAGUACCUCAUCGUACCCUCCACUUUUGAACCCAAUAUGGAUGGAGACUUUUGCGUCCGUGUGUUCUCCGAGAAGCAGGCGGAGUUCCAACAGCUUGAUGACCCUAAUGAAUACAAGGGAACGGAGAUCGAAAUCAACGAGUCUGACAUUGAUAGCCGCUUCAGAAAUCUCUUUGGACAACUAUCUGGGGCAGACAAGGAAAUUUCUCCCUUUGAGCUGAGAACUAUCCUGAACAAAGUGAUAUCUAAACGUCAAGACAUCAAAACCGAUGGAUUUAGUUUGGACACUUGUCGCAACAUGGUGAAUUUACUGGAUAAAGACGGCACUGGUAAACUAGGCUUGGUGGAGUUUAAGAUUCUCUGGACCAAAGUAGAGACCUAUCUGGACAUCUUCUGUAAAAAUGACAAGGAUCGUUCAGGCACAAUGAGCUCGAUGGAGUUGAGAGAAGCCAUAGAGAAAUCAGGCUUUUCUCUAAACAGCGCUCUACAUCAGGUACUGGUAGCUCGAUACAGUGAGCCCAAUCUUACCAUUGACUUUGACAACUUUGUGAGCUGUUUAAUGCGUCUUGAAUCCAUGUUCAAGAUAUUUAAAGUGCUGGAUAAAGACAAGAAUGGAACCGUAGAGCUGAACAUGUUGGAGUGGCUGAAUCUGUCCAUGCUUUGAAGAAAGAUUGCUGAGAUCUGGAUUAGUUUCUGUGCAUUAUCCAGAAAUUAAAGAAAAAACUCAAGUAGUCUAUUUGUGCUUGAUACAUUAUGGUAAAUGUAAUUUAAUCUCAGCCCUGCCACACAUACUGCUCCACAUAUUACAAAUGUUAAAAAGGUGCUUUACAUCUUGGUGUAAUACAAAUUUUAAUGAGGGGGUAUGAAGGGAAAUUUCCUCUUUUUAGAGUUUAUAAUGGUUAAGAUGGGUGAAAAGUUUGACUGUGACUGCUUUUGAAAACGUGUUGGAAAUCUUGAGGUUUUUGGUUUAUUUAUUAAUACAUCAGACAAACCUGCUUUAUGUUUCUGGCUUUGUUUCUAUUUUUACUGAAGUGUAAUCAUGAAUGGAAGUAAAUAAAUUGUGCGACUUUG